AUGCGAACAACAAUAGAUGAAAGAGUUAAAGACGUUGCUAGUAAGUUUGGAUCUCAAAUCCCGAAGUCAAAGCUUUAUUUGUUACCCAAGGAGCUCCCAUUAUUGCCUGAGCUCUUAUUUCAUCUUAGAAGGGGCCCACUUCUGGGAAGCAUUGUUGGGCAUGAAGAUGAGAGGUCUGUACUGCGGAAUUUAUUUCUGAAUGCGUCAUUUGAUCUGUCACUUCUAAUGGUAGCACUUCGAUGUCUAAUGCAUCGGGAAGGUGGGACUUUUGAAGAACUGCCGGCUCAUGACCUUGCUAUGCAGUCUGAUGUGGCAGUUGUUCUUGACCAUGUGACAGAUGUCUUCAUUUGGUUGUUGCGUCUUCAUUUUGUUGGUAUGUCACUUAGCUUACCUCCUUACUGUUUUGGCAUAACAAAGUUUGCUGGGUGGCGAUGCUGCAUUUUUAUGCGAUUAUACCUCAUGCUUAAGUUUGCUUCGGGCCAUCGUCCCGUUGACUGGGUUCACAUUAGGAAAGAAAUUGUUGUGGGCCAAGUUCAACUUUUCCCCUAUUUGUUGUAUAGGGUGCUGAACUUGCUGCUCAGGGAGGAAAAAGCGCCAGCUUCAGUGGCUUGCAGAACAUUGGCUCAAGAGCUCACUGCAAUGAAGUUUCCGGCUCCUCGGAUCCUCACAUUUAAGGAUCUUGCACUCACAGUACCCACCCCACCCCCAUUCGGAAAAAAAGGCCAAAAAGAGGGGAGCUCGCAGGCUCGAUAUUUAGCAUCUCGGCUGAUACCAGCACACAAAGAUCCUCCAUAUGAGCAGGAGGCGAGAUUCCCACAGCUUCAGACUUUGACUAGGGAAGGAAGGGAGAACAAAGCUGAAAAGCAGUGUUCACUUUGA